CCAGUGUCAUCGUCGUGCCUGUGGUAAGAGUCAGAGGAGGAAGUAGGCGUGGGAGAUUAUUAUUUACACCCUCGCUGCUUUUUAUUUCAAACACACACACUACUGAGUGAGGCAGGAACAGCAUUUACACCAGAGUAACUCCAGCAGCUGCUUUGUGGAAGUGUUCCCACUCAUUUUGACUUCCAUAAGAGAGUUGUGUGUGAGUGACAGUGUCACCAUGGUCCUGCCUGGCUCGUGCCAUGCCGCGUUCACGGUCCUCCGGCAGAUAGAGUCGGUGGUGGUGCUGGAGCAGCUGGGAAGCAGUCUCUUCGACACGGCCCUGCAGAUGGUGGUGAAGGACCGGAGUGUUAACGCCACCUACACCGACGUAUCCGAGAAAGACAGCCAGCAGAAGUUCAUGACAGACUUCUUCUUGAUCUACAACCUCAUCAUCGGACUGACUCCCAUCCUACCGGCCAUGUUGCUGGCCAGGUUAGGGGACCGCGGCUGGAGGAAAGCCCCCAUCAUGCUGCCCCUCAGCGGGUACCUGCUGUCCAGGCUCGCCCUGCUGCUGGUGGUCCUCUUCCGGCUCCCGCUGGAGGUGAUGUACGGAGCCGGGGUGGUCUUCGGGCUGUCUGGGGGCUUCUGCGCGUACUGGCCCGGCGUGAUGACGCUGGCGUCGCUCGGCUCCACGGCGAAGGACCGAUCCAAGGUGAUGAUGAGGGUGGAGCUGCUGUACGGGGGGGCCGGCCUGGUGGGUAGCCUGGUGUCGGGGCACCUCUUCCUGCUCUACAGCUCCAGCACCCAACAUGGGUCCAUCCUGCUCUCUGUGAGCACUCUGCUGCACCUGCUCUGCCUCUUACACUCCAUCACCCUGCUGCAGGUGAAGCCAGUCCCCAUCCCAGAGCCAGAGGACGUCUGCGACCUCCUGCCCCAGGCCCCCGAGGGGGUCCCUGUGGAGGCCCCUGCAGGGAGGAACAUGGUGAACGUGGCUCUGCUGUUUGUUGCUGCCAUGCUGUACGUCUCCGCAGUGGGGGGGGGCAUAGAAAUACUGGGCCCCUUUUUGUUGAAAGAGCCACUCAGCUGGAGUGCCACUCAGGUGGGUUAUGGGAACGCAGCGGGCUGCACCAUCUUCCUGACCAGCUUCCUGGGCGUCAUGGUGUUUCGCCGCUGCGUCAGCGACACGUCUCUCAUCCUGAUCGGCAUGCUGUCGUUCGCAUCGGGAAUUUACUUCAUGUCCUUCGUCACGGCAACCUACAUGUUCUACCUGGCCCGCUCACUCACCCUAUUCGCCCUCAUCCCGAUGCCCAUCAUCAGAUCUCUGCUCUCACAGCAGGUCCCUGCAUCCUCCUGUGGCACCGCUCUCACCUCCCUGCAGCUGGCUCUGAAGUUUGCCAGCCUGGCCUACCUCCCGGCCUUCACUAAGAUCUACCAGCGGACCCUGGACUGGUUCCCAGGCUUCGUCUUCACGCUGUCCAGCAUCAUCACCGUGCUGGGGAUGAUACCAAUAUGUGUCAUCGGCUGCAGAUCUCCUAAAACGCAACGGUACGAAACAAUCCAAGGGGACUGAGGCCCCCCCGUCCCCCCGUCAGCCGUGAGCUAGCAUCAGUACGAGUAAGACAGCAGCAGAGACAGGAAAUGGGCAGAAAGCAGAAUGGUGCCUUUAAUGUAAUUUCCUAUUGUGGUGAAACUUUAGACAUGUAGUAGAGGAGAUCCUACAGGCGGAUCAUUCAGUAGCAUUCAUGUUUAUAUUCUAUUUUUGUACUCCUAUGCAGACCUUUAUAUGAACAAAUACGUAUUUUAGAAUUGGUUUUGACAAAUGUCAUAAACAGAAUUUUAGUGACAUUUUUAUAAAUUAAAGUCAUCUCUACAGCAACACCAACAAGGGGAUUUUACCACAAUGUAAAUAUGUCAUUGAAUGUGUCCAACGUUUUUAGGGUUAUUUUUUCUACUGCUUUGAGGUUAGGGUUAGGGUUAUAAACAUAUCAAAUUUAGAAAUGUGUUUUUGAAUAGCCACUCAAGUCUCUGUGUGUG